AUGCGGCCAAUUCACUUCAUUAGGAGGCUUAGCAGGUCCAACACUCAAAGUGCUAGUUUUAAAGAAGAUCUCGAAAAACAUUUCAUACCUACUAGUUAUUUCCAAAAAACUUUGCUUGCUAUUGGUUCAGCCUCUGUAUCUCUUCUAAAUCCUUAUAGGGGAGAUAUGAUUGCAUGCUUGGGGGAAGUAACAGGUGAAGUAUCUCUUAAAUACAUGAGAGAAAAAAUACUUGAGAGUAAAGAGGGUAUUGAAAUAUUAACAGAUAUGCCGCGAAUUAAUACUCAAACAGUUUGUUUUAAAACACUCUCAAAUUUACCAGAGAAUACACUUGGUCGUAUAUAUGCAGAUUUUAUGAAAGAUAAUAAAAUAACAGCAGAUUCCCGAGCACCAGUUCAAUUCAUUGCCGAUCCAGAUUUGGCUUAUGUAAUGCAACGGUAUAGAGAAGUUCAUGAUUUAGUUCAUGCUACAUUGUUUAUGAAGACCACAAUGCUAGGCGAAGUUACAGUGAAAUGGGUAGAAGGAAUUCAAACGAAGCUACCAAUGUGCAUUGGUGGUGGAAUCUGGGGUGCAGCACGAUUAAAACCAAAGCAUAGACAGCUUUACCUUAAAUAUUAUUUGCCUUGGGCCAUCAGAACAGGAAAAAAUGCAAAAUUUUUACAAGGUGUUUAUUUUGAAAAACGGUGGGAACAAAAUUUUGAAGAUUUCCAUAGGGAAAUGAAUAUAGUAAAACUGUCUGUGAUA